AUGGGAAAGCGCAAACCCCAUCUCGCAGGCCGACCUCCAAAGAAGACGGUAGAUGCAGAGGGAGAACAAGAGCAGGGAACAGUAUUUUUCUACAUGCCCAAAGAAAAGCCAUAUGGUGUAUUUUGCCAAUGGCAUAUAAGUCCAUUCAGUGUACCUGUCGCAUCACUACAAUGGCUCGUCGACAUGGCACCUUCACCACCACCGCCUCCAACACAAUCGUCUCCUUCAUCAAAACCUCCCAACAUAGAACCCUCUCCGCCCCCACCCACACCAUCAACUAUUUUGUCUACCUACGCCACCAUCACCACCUCAUCCAACCCAUCCAUAUCCUUCACCUGCGCCGAACAAUCCUACAUGUUUUGCAAAGCCCUCUAUUUCUCCGAUGCCAAUACUGCCCGCCUCAUUCUCUCUACUCCAGAUCCAAAAACGCAGAAGAAACACGGUCAGAAAGUCAAGAACUUCAAUUUUCACCAGUGGGGACAAGUUAAGAAUCGGGUUGCUAGAGUCGGGAAUUGGUACAAGUACACGGAUGGAUGUGGAAAUGGAAAGGGAGGUGGGAACAGACAUAUGAGGAGCUUGUUGUUAGGAACACAAGGCAGAGAAUUAGCGGAAGCGGGUCGAAGGGACAGGAUUUGGGGGAUUGGGUAUAAAGCUGACGAAGCUGACCUCUAUCGAGAGUUCUGGGGAGAGAAUCUGCUGGGAGAGUGCUUGAUGAAUGCUAGGGAUAGGAUCAUCAAGUUUGGAAAGAGGUCUUUAGAGGAGACUGUAGAUUGGGAGUGGGAUGGAUCGUUAGAAGAGGAAGAGGUGUGCCAAUGGCCUGUUGGUGUUCAAGUCCCAGAAGAAUAG